AUGGCAAGCGGAGCCAGGCCCUCAAGCAACCAACGUAAUGAGAGUGCUACGUCGGCGCCGAAAAAGACGCGUACGCCACGCGGCCACGAUCAUUGCAAUGAAUAUGUAAGUCGCGUACCUUGAUUAUAUGCAUCCGAAACCACGGCAGAUCCACGGCUAUCGUGGGCUUUUGGCUCUCGUAGAUGUACAACUUUGUGCCUUUUUAUCUCCUAUAUUUUAAACGAAGUUAUUCUCUGCUGGCUGCCGGUUUAUUGUGAACAUUUUGAGCUGACAAAAGUUUACUUCUCUUUUACCGUACACGGUCCAGGUUUUUCCUCCGGACCCAGAGAACUUUCGGAAAAGAUUUCUCUCGUGACGAACCCCCAAAUAAACCGAGAGACAAGAAAUCUUUUUCCAACCUGAUCAGUGAUUGGUUCAGCCAAUUCGUGACGCUCUUCAAGCGUUACAUUUUUCGUACCAUAAAAUUUUUUGUGCUAUAAGUGUAACGCCAUUAAACGGGGCUUGAAAGUGCAAUAAAAACAGUGACCGACGACCGCCUGAAAUCUUUUUGAUUGUAAUUUAUUGACAGCAUGAAAUCAGAGUUGCCUUGUGUUAUAUAACAUAUAUUACAGUGCGUCGUGUGCGGAGAUCGCGCCUGCAACCACCACUACUAUGGCGUGGCCGCGUGUCAUGGCUGCAAGUGUUUCUUUUGGCGUUCCGUGAAACAACAACAACAAUACGUCUGUCGAUAUGAUAAAAACUGCGACAUUAGUCCGAGUGAGUUUCUUUUUGAAAGGCGUAAAAAAAUUUUUUGAGUGAAAAAUAUGUAAAUAAAAAUGAAAAGACGUUGCAUUUAUUACACAUUAUUCAUUCAAAUUCCGGUUAUUUUAGAUCAUCGAAACUCAUGUCGUUAUUGCCGCUUCCAGCGCUGCCUUGCCGUUGGAAUGCAACCCGAUGCUGUUCGCAUGCAGAACACCACACGCACCGAGAAACGCCCGGCCACAUCCAGCACCACCGCGAAUAACGCGGUGGUCAGUAGCACCGUUCUCGACUCCUCCACUGGGCCCUCCUCCAUCGAGAGCCUGGAGCUGAAGCCGUACAUUGAGGUAGGGGUUUUAUGAGUCCUCAGAAAAAGACAUUUUAAUAACGCUGGUCCUAAUAUAAGUUUUUUAAGACCGCCGAAGCCAAGAGAGCCCGCGCCGACAAUGAGACAAUGGUACGCGCGAUUUUUGAACUCGAGCGUCGCGUGAAUGAAGUCGCCGACUUCAGCGAAAACGAAACUCCUUACGAUCUCUGCUCCUUGGACGAGAUAUUCUCACGGCCCGAGAUUUUGGAACGUUAUCGGACCAGUGUCAUCUACUGUGUCCGCCUGCACCGUGCAACAACCGAAGAACUUGAAUUCUGUAAAUAUCGAACCCUAACCAAAGCUUUUGAUAUGGUCUACUCGCUGGAGAGCCUUGGGAUGUCGCCCAUCUCCAUCGAGGACAAGAUCACCCUUCUCCGCAACAUCUACGGACAACUCACCGUCUUCGACAUUGCCUAUGGUACUGUUCAGGCGACAAAGGACAGAAGUCUGCUUUGUCUUCCGACCGGAAUAACGUUAUCCACCAACGAACAGAUCCAAGACAACUCCUUCAUCAACCAAGGCCUGAUCACGCAGAUCGCGGGGGUCUUGGUGACCGCCUUGUCGAAGGCCGAGCUCACGGAGGAGGAAGCCGGAAUUCUGAAGGCAAUCAUCAUUGCCAACGACGGUGUUCAAGGCCUUUCGGUGAAUGCGGUCGAAGCGAUCGGCGCCCUCCGCGGACGACUCCACUCCGCCCUGCACCAAGUGUGCUCGGUGGGGCAGUCGGCGGACCUGGCGACGCAACGCUUCGCCGCCCUGUUGCACAUCCUGUCCAAGCUGGUCAUGCUGAGCCACGAUCUGAUCGAGCAGUUCCGCGUUCGCUUCACCUUCCAGCACUUCGAAAGCGAACAGAGCACGACGCCGUUGUUCUACGAGCUCUUCGGCGACCUGUUCUAUCAGACGCGCGAAAACAGCACCAUCAUUGAGAAUAUCCAUACGCUGGCAUUGGCCAAGGCAAAGAACAGGUCAGUUAGUGAGAGUGAGGACAUGUCGUGUUGAUGCCGUUCUAACCCUAACUAUUUUUUGGAAUAAACAAUGUUGUGAAGUCUUAGUAGUAGUUUCUGUAGUGUUUGAGGUGUGGACGAAGAGAAACGAUCAUAGAAGUCUCGAUGCCUUAAAACUAAACGCCAAAGUAGAUUUCAGUAGGAAUGACAGCCUCGAAUUCGAAUCAUCAUCAAAUAGGAUCGUCAAGACUCAUUUUGGCUAAUAAAAUUUUAGUGACUUUAUGAGCAGUGCCAUUGCAAUAACAACAAUAAUUCUUGCACUUUCAGCCCUGCCACUGUCGUGACCGGAUGA